UCCAUCCUCUCGCUUAACACCCUUCAAUAGCUCCCAGUCGCCUGCAAAAUAUAAUCCUAAAUCUUUUAAUUUGACCCAGUUUGGCAUGUUUCGCUGCUUCUGCUACUCUGGCUGCCCCCUUCCAAGCUCUUUAAAGUGGAACCUAGCUCUUUCCUGCCUCAGGGCCUUACAGGCUAAUACCCGGGGCAAAAACCAGCUUCGCCAACCCAUGCAAGCUUUUCUUUUUCUUCCUGGGCCUCCACCUCUCAUUUCCUCCUCUGUCCAGUUCAUUCCUGUGGAGCGCUUAUUUCUGUGAUAUAUCCAUUCGCAUGCAUUCACAUCUAUUCUCCAAAAGUCGGGCCCUCAUCCAUCUAGAUAGCCGGGUCGGUCUGGCUCCUGCAAAGUUCCCAACUCCCUGCACUGUGCCAGGCACAUAGUAGGCGCCUACUGGUGACUAUGUUUAGGUCAAAAAUCGAGUCAACGCAAGCAGCAGUGGAGUCGGAGGAGAGUCCCCAACCUACGAGAGAGGGGAUCCUAAGGUCUUUAUAUAUGAUCUGAGGACCAGGUCCCCCACCCCACCCCCGCAUGAAUGCCUUCGACUCAGUCGCGGAGGUUGGAGGACCACUAGCGGAAGGCAGAACAACCUCGUCCAAAUCCUGGUCCGCCUUAACCCAACCUCUCCCUUAGGCGGCGCUCCAAGCCGCAGCCGCCGAGUUCAGCGCAAGGCAUUGCGGGUCUUGUAGUUUCCAUGGGCAUAUGUCCAUGGCGCUUGCGCACCAGAGGAGCGCGGGCCUCCCACUCUCCAUUAGGAUUCCGGGUCUUUGUAAAGGGCGGUCCAAGCGACAGCGUUCCAACCGAAUACUCUUCUCUAGUACACCCGAGAUGAGCCGGGUCGGAAAAAGAAUCUGCUCUGUGUAGGCGUCGCGGUGCCCUGGAAAGCGGUCGGAAUAAGCACGCCCCCACCCCGGAAGUCAGCUGCCUCUGGCGCGGUGUAUUGUGGGGGGCGUAGUCCCGCUUCCCGGGCGGUCCUCCGCGGCGUCCCCGGGGCCGACUCCCGAGCGCAGGCAGGCGGCCUGGCGGGCUGCGCGGCGCGGGCCGGCGAGAAGCGCAUUCUGGGCACCGGGCGCCGGGCCAGGCCGCCCGCGCCGGGCGGCAGUAGUGAGAGGCCGCCCAAGGCCUUGCGCGGCGCCGCCCGUCGAGGGGCGGGCGGCGGUAGACCGAUUGGGCCGUCGAAGGGCUCAGGAGGCCGGUGGGCCGGGCAGGGCCUCGCGGCGUAGCCAUGCCUGGCUUUACGUGCUGCGUGCCGGGCUGCUACAACAAUUCGCACCGGGACAAGGCACUGCACUUCUACACGUUUCCCAAGGACGCUGAGCUGCGGCGCCUGUGGCUCAAGAACGUGUCUCGUGCCGGAGUCAGUGGAUGCUUCUCCACCUUCCAGCCCACCACGGGUCACCGUCUCUGCAGCGUCCACUUCCAGGGCGGCCGCAAGACCUACACGGUGCGCGUCCCCACCAUAUUCCCGCUGCGCGGCGUGAACGAGCGCAAAGUAGCACGCAGACCCGCGGGGGCGGCAGCCGCCCGCCGCAGGCAGCAGCAACAACAGCAGCAGCAGCAGCAGCAACAACAUCAACAGCAGCAGCAGCAGCCCUCGCCGUCAGCCUCCACUGCCCAGACCGCCCAGCUGCAGCCGAAUCUGGUGUCUGCCUCUGCGGCUGUGCUCCUCACCCUUCAGGCCGCUGUAGACGGCAGCCAGGCUCCGGGAUCCGUGCCACCGGCGCCCACCACUCCCACCGGAGAAGAUGUGAAGCCCAUCGAUCUGACAGUGCAAGUGGAGUUCGCGGCCGCAGAGGGCGCAGCCGCCGCAGCUGCCGCGUCGGAGCUAGAGGCUGCUACCGCAGGGCUGGAGGCCGCUGAGUGUCCUAUGGGCCCCCAGUUGGUAGUAGUGGGGGAAGAGGGCUUCCCUGAUACUGGCUCAGACCACUCGUACUCGUUGUCGUCAGGCACCACGGAGGAGGAGCUCCUGCGCAAGCUGAACGAGCAGCGGGACAUCCUGGCGCUGAUGGAGGUGAAGAUGAAGGAGAUGAAAGGCAGUAUCCGCCACCUGCGUCUCACCGAGGCCAAGCUGCGGGAAGAACUCCGUGAGAAGGAUCGGCUGCUGGCCAUGGCUGUCAUUCGAAAGAAGCAUGGAAUGUAAACGGGUCCCCUGUGGCCUGCAGGACCCCUGGAUGUACCCCUGCCAGCCUAGGAGGACCACAGGCUGUUGCUGUUGAACUCCCCUGUACUUCUGGAGCUGGUUGACACCUGGACUCCUUGUUUCCUCCUGAAGUCUGGAACCUAAGACUCUGCACUGGUGACACCACCAAUUAUGACUUUGUCUACCCCCUCCCCCAGUUUAUGUUGCAGGUUCUGGUUAAGCAGAGGCUUAGGAACUACUGAAGUUGAUACUUACCUUCUAGGGAUGCAGGUGACAGCCUGUGAUUCUGAUGGGGACUGGCAGAUCUGUGCCUCUGCCUCCUAGAACCUCCCUCCCCAGGAGGCCAUCUACAAGGGGAUCUAGGUGACCUGCUGAUGGAGAUCCAGCUUGCCAGGGACUUAGGUUUACCUUGUUAUGUUUGCUACUGGUUACAAAUUCUAUUUUCUGUACAAUUAGUCAGACUAAAGUUUUCACUGUGUUUGUUUGGCAAAACGAAUUAAACAGAAAGUAAGGUUUUUA